AAUUCCUAUUUGAAACAGCCGUGUGACUACGCGUAGUCACACGUAUACGGGUAGGAGUAACUAGUUAUCUAAUCUCACUCGCACUGUGGUUCUUUUGGUCUUGCAGUCUUGUAGACUAUGGCUUCAUCAGGAAUUUGUUCACCAGUACCGCAAAAAGUGUUUGAUUACAUUCACGGAUUCUGUGCCUCCCAGGCCAUAUUCACGGCCUGUGAAUUAGGCAUCUUUGACGUUGUUGAAACACCACAACCUUCCCAAAAAAUAGCAGAACAAAUCUCUGGCGACCACGAUGCCGUCUGUAGACUACUAGAUGCCUUGGUUAGCCUGGAACUGUUGGUCAAGCAUGGUGAUAAUCCAGAUGAGGCACUCUACUCUAACUCUUCGAUGGGAGAUUGUUUUAGGAAGUCAAGCCCAACUUAUAUGUAUGGAUAUGUGAUGCACGUGAUGAAAACGAACAAGCCUCUGACGGGUAACCUGACUAGCGCAAUUCGUGAAGGACAAAGCCAAUGGCAAAGAACCUUUAACGCCACAUCUAAUGACUUGUUCAAGAAUAACUACUCUAGCAAAGAAAAGUUGAUACACUUUCAAGAGGGUAUGCGGGGAUCCGUCAAGUCUGCUACUAGUAUCUUCGCGACUGCGUUUGAUUUAAGUCGUUUCCCGCGACUGUGUGACGUUGGAGGUGGCACUGGUGACGUUGCGUAUGCUAUGUGUAUGGCCUACCCAAAUAUGAAAAUCACCGUGUUUGAUCUGCCCAACGUUGUCGAGGUUUCAUCACACUUUAAGCCGCCCUUGAAGGAAUGUCCAAACCAGGAAAAUGUCACCUUCGUAGGAGGAGACUUCUUCAAGCCUAGUCUACCACCCUCUGACCUGUACGUACUGACACACAUCCUUCAUGACUGGGGUCCAGCUGAAUGUGACGCCAUUUUAGAUAACGUAUUUAACCACCUUCCAUCAGGUGGAGGUGUUCUGUUAGGAGAACGUCUUAUAUAUGACGACAGGAAUGGCCCAAUGACCCCCGUGUACUGGUCUCUCAUCAUGCGCUGUAUUUCUGAUGGCCGCGAAAGUUCUGGAUUAGAUUACAAGCGCUUGUUGGAGAAACAUGGUUUCAAAGAUGUCCAAGUAAAAUAUACUCAUUCCAAUCUUUUGGAUGCAGUAUUAGCUAUCAAGCCUUAAAAUCAAAUGGUUUUUUCAAUAUAGAGCGGUUUUCGUAUGAGUGGGAAAAGAUAAGAUAAGGCAAUGGACCCUUCUCAAAAUUGUCUUGAAUGAGAGGCAAACAUGGAAAUACAAAAGAAAUGCCACAAAUUCCAUCGAGAAAAAGUGUGAUUUCUUUUGUAUUUUCAUGUUAGCAUCGCAUCCACGAUACUUUUGAGAAGGCUCCAUUUCGUAGUCUUACCAUAGCCGUAACAACGCGCUGUGAUUCGAUGAAUUAAUGGAAGACAAUGAUCGCGUACGAGUUGCAUAUACUAGUAUCGUAUGUUUUCGUACUUAUACGAAAACCGCUCACAUGCAUUUUGCUGGUUAAAAGAUGUUCACCAAAUACUUUCGCAAGAUAAUAAAAAUGAACUCAAAAAAGAAAACUCGUGAAGCAUUCUGGUAGUGGGAGUAAAAUUAGGUCAUCAUGCAACAGCUGCAUUGCGCAGAAUCAUUGCGCAGAAUCAACAUAGAAGAUAAGGCCCCAACGGCCAAGAGCCUUCGGCCAAUCUCAGAUAUUGAGUAAACUUGAUAUGAUAAAAAUAUUAUCUGUAUCGUGCAGAUAUUACAUUUAUGAUGUCAGGUUAUCUCAAGUUCAAGGUCAAAAUGGAGAUGGAUAUUACGUACGUUUGCCAUUUUUUCGAAAGCGGAAUUAGAUCUUUAUUCUUAGUUUA